AUGCGUCUUAUGAAAUUAAAUAAUGAUUUUCACGCGUAUAAAUAUGAGCUACCAAUAAAAGGUGGUCUGUCUAGAAUUUGUUUUGGUAAAAGGCUUUUAUCUCACAGCCAAAAGAAAGAGCAGUCCUUUCAAAUAUCAAUUUUUUGUGAACAUGUACUUUUGUUUAACAUAAAACAUGACUUUGUGUGCAGCACAUUACGCUUUUCUAAUGCUACUUCUGUCCCAGGUAAUGGAAGGAUAAAUGGAGGGAUUGGUGGGGUUCACACAGCAUCUACAGCACAGAAAGUCUGGAAAGUUUCCCAAGCCAUUGGGGACGUAGCAUUUGCUUAUCCAUACUCUAUAAUUGUCAUAGAAAUACAAGAUACUUUGAAGUCUCCACCUCAAGAACACCAGACAAUGAAGAAAGCUUCCAUGGCGUCCAUCAUCAUCACCACCUUCUUCUAUCUCUGCUGUGGAUGCUUUGGCUAUGCCGCCUUUGGUGAUGAUACCCCAGGAAAUCUCUUAACUGGAUUUGGAUUCUAUGAACCCUACUGGCUCGUAGACUUAGCCAAUUCUUGCAUCAUACUUCACCUGAUUGGAGGCUAUCAGGUAUUCAGCCAGCCAAUCUUUGCAUUUUUUGAGCGACAGUUCUCGGAAAAACUUCCAUCGAGCUGGACAUUGACGAAUUGCUUCCACAGAAUUCAUCUUCCAUUCUUACCAUCAUUUAGAAUAAAUCUGUUCCGAAUCUUUUUUAGAACACUCUACGUUGCAUCAACUACAGGGCUUGCAUUGGGCUUCCCAUACUUCAAUCAGGUGCUGGCACUGCUUGGAGCCAUUAGCUUCUGGCCGUUAGCAAUAUAUUUUCCUGUGGAAAUGUAUUCUGUGCAGAAGAAGAUUGCACCCUGGACUUCGAGGUGGUUCGUGCUCCAGGCCUUCAGUGUUGGAUGUUUGCUUGUGAGCAUUUUUGCUUUGAUUGGAUCCAUUGAAGGUCUCUUUAGUCAGAGACUUUAGAGAAUGGAGAUCGUUGUAUAUGAAGCUGUAAUGUAUUUGUUUUUUUCAAAAAAGGAAUGAUAUGCAGGCUUUUCUUUUCUGAAUUGUGAACGAGUUUUUUUUUUUUGGGCAAGAGGCCAUGUAGAGGGCAGAAUGAAAAAAUAUAGAAUAACUAGUUACAUUG